AAACGAACAGAUAGCAGAUACUUUUUCUUUCACAUUCAAGAAGCCUAGAGGUCGGAAAUUAUCAAUCAUGUUUUACGAAACGGGGAAAGAUCAUGGUUUACCUUAUGAUCCAUUCAAGGCCUGCGUAGUCCCUCGCCCAAUCGGCUGGAUCUCCACCCGCUCACCCCAAGGAAAAGAUAAUCUAGCCCCCUACUCACAAUUCAACAACCUAACCUUCGACCCCCCCUACGUCAUGUUCUCAAGCAACAGAACACCAGAAGGGAAACGCAAAGACACCGUCAUCAAUGCCGAAAGUACCGGUGUUUUCGCCUGGAAUCUGGCAACAUACCCUCUUCGCGAAAAAGUAAACAUCACAGCCCAACAAUUGGAUUACGGCCAAGAUGAAUUCCUCACCGCAGACCUCCAAAAAGAAGAUGCGAGAUUGAUCCCUUGCUCUUUGGUAGCUGAUUCUCCCGUGAGAUUUGAAUGUGCUUUCCACCAAUUGAUCGAAUUACCUGGAAAUCCGCCCAUGGGUACCGUCGAUAUCAUCAUCGCACGCGUCCUGGCAAUUCAUAUUUCCGACAACGUCAUCACUGAUGGAAAAAUCGAUAUUUCAAAAACCCAGCCGAUAGCAAGAUUGGGAUAUUAUGAUUACGCUGUCAUCAAGGAUACUUUUGAGAUGAGGAUUCCGGGGACGAAUAAGGCUUUGUUGGAUGGGCUUGAGGGGAGUUCGAGGGCGAAUAGGACGUUAGGGGAGGAGGAGGGAAAAGAGGUUGGACAGGAGGUCUUGGGGAGUGGGGAAGGGGAGGUGAAAGAGGGGAAGGAGGUGAAAGAACAGUUGAAGAGAGCGCAGAGUGCUGGUGCUAAGGUUGCGCUUGGGGAGAAGAAUUGAGAUGAGACCUUGAGGCUUGAUCUAUUGCCUUGGAGAAGAUAAGACGAGAGCAAAUUUGCCCGAAGCUUUAGCCAGUAUUACAAUAUCCCCAC